AUGAGUCCCAACACGACUCUGCCCACCGAGAGCCCCCCCUCCUUGUACGUGCUUGACCCCCACAUCGUGGAUCUCGUCCUGACAGUCCAGAUCUUCAUCUGUGGCACCGCCGGGCUGUUCGGUAUCCUAGGCAACGCCAUCAACAUCCUGGUCUUCUACAAGCAGGGCUACAGCGACAGCGUCAACAUCACCCUCACGGCACUCGCCGUCAACAUCACCCUCACAGCACUCGCCGUCAGCGACACUGGGGCGCUGGUGACGCUCCAGGUCUUCUACCUGCUCAUGAACCCCUGGUUUCUCAAAGCCGACCUUGACCUUAACCUCACAGAUCUGAUCAUGAUUAUAUCCUUCUACCCCCACAACUAUUUCAUGAGGGUGUGUGGGUUCAUCACGGCCUACGCUUCUCUAGAAAGAUGCGUGUGUGUGGUCUGUCCUUUAAAAGUUAAACGCAUCUUCACCAACAAAACCGCCAUCGUCACUGUGAUAUUAAUCUUCGCUAUCACGACACUGGAUCUGUUUCCUCUGUACUACACCAUCUACUUAGACUGGGGUUUUUCUCCGUCUCUUAAUAAAUCCAUCCUACACAUCAUGUACCGCCAAAACCCGUAUAUGGUGUUUAACAUCUCGUACUACAUCAACGACCUCAUGGCGCCGUACACAACCUUCUUCAUUAUCCUAAUGAGCACAGCCAUCAUUACCAUCAAGCUAAAACAACAAGCCAGAUGGAGACAGUCCAUGUCACAUGUCAAGACAGAGACACACAUCUCCAGCAAGGAGAGUAAGACAGUCGUCAUGCUGUCUACCAUCUCCAUCGUGUUUGUCGUCUGCCUCAUCCCACAAUCUACCAUCUUGACGGUGGUCAUCUUCGUGCCGGACAUUAGCUAUGGGGGGAGGUACUUCUACCUGGCUCUGAUGGGCUACUGCGUCUCCUACCUCUCUGAGACCGUACUCUCUAGCCUCAACAUCUUAGUCUACCUCAGGAUGAGCCAUAAGUACAGAGAACAGUUUUUUAGCAUCUUUUCCCGGAAGAAGAUAAUUUAA